CGAUAAUAUCGUCUUCCUGUCUCGGAGCAGACGCACUAUCUCACUGACUCUCUCUCUCUCUCUCUCUCUGUGUCUGAGUGAGCUCCGAGUUAGCUCCGAGUUAGGGUUUCCGCGAGCGAGCUGUAACCAUUUGCUUCUUUAUCUUCAUCGAUCAAGCACGAAGGGACCGCUGAAUUCCCUUCUUGCUAUUUCGCUGCUCUUGAUCUUGAGGAGUCCCCGGAAGAUCGGUUGAUUCUGAUCCCGGAGAUGCUUCAUGGGUCCUACGUCAUCGGGUGACGUUGUUUGACUGGAUCUUAUUUUGGGAGAUUCACAACUAUCUUUGAAGUAUCUUCGUGCAACUUGAUGCUGCCAGAGGGAUAGUGGGCCCAUGAGCUAUUUUCAAUUUUAUCAUUUUCUUAGGGGCUCUAUGUGCCAUCAGUUAUUAUUAUUUAUCAUCUAUUUAUCCAGCUUCCGAGAUGUGGUAGCAUUGGAAAUGUCAUUUGAAUCUACCCAUAUGGCAUCUGUGUCUGAGUUAGCGAGUCCCCCUAGCACCGGCAUCUUUUACCCUAUAGAAAUAUCUCCCGCUGUUAUUCCACAAUAUCCACUUCCAAAUGAGUCUUUGCCACCGAUGUAUCCCACUUUUCCAACAGCAUAUGAGCCGGUUCUAACAGGAAAAUGCCCUGUAAAUUUCUCUGCUAUAUCCAAUAUACUAAGCAAGACAGCCUCUGAUUGUUCUCAACCCAUAGCAAUGCUUGUUGGAAACGUGAUAUGUUGUCCACAGUUCAGUAGCCUUGUCCACAUAUUCCAGGGAUUUUACAGUUUCAGCUCUGAUAAGCUUGUGGUGCAAAAUGCUGUCGCAAAUGAUUGUUUUUCUGAUAUCAUGAGUAUCCUUGCCAGCAGAGGAGCUAACGCCACAAUACCUUCAAUCUGCUCGAUAAAAUCAGCAAAUCUUACUGGGGGAUCAUGUCCUGUAAAUGAUGCUAUGACUUUUGAGAAAAUGGUGAACUCAAGCAGCCUACUCGAAGCCUGCAGCACAGUAGAUCCUCUUAAAGAAUGUUGCAGACCGAUCUGCCAGCCUGCAAUUGCAGAAGCCGCUCUUAGGAUCUCGGGCGGAGAAUCGUCCAUGGAAAAUAAAGAUGCAGGGCAGGGCUCUAGUCGAGUUGAUGUUCUAAAUGACUGUAAAGGGGUUGUAUACUCUUACAUAUCAAGAAAGCUUCCAUCAGAUGUCGCAAAUACUGCAUUUCGAAUAUUAUCUGCGUGCAAGGUCAACAAAGUAUGCCCUUUGCAAUUUAAGCAGCCUUCGGAAGUAAUCACUUCAUGCCGUAAUGUAGCUGCUCCUAGCCCUUCCUGUUGUAGCUCACUGAAUGCAUAUAUUGCGGGAAUUCAGAGACAGAUGUUGAUUACAAAUAAACAGGCGAUAAUUUGUGCGACAGUGUUCGGUUCGAUGCUUCGAAAAGGAGGGGUCAUGACAAAUAUAUAUGAGCUUUGUGACGUUGACUUGAAAGAUUUUAGUAUUCAAGAGGACGCAGCAUAUGGACAACAAGUAGCAGGUUGCCUACUGCGUAGCUUGCCUGCAGAUGUGAUAUUUGACAACACGACAGGGUACAGCUUCACAUGUGACCUGACUGACAACAUUGUAGCUCCAUGGCCUUCAUCGUCAUCAGUUUCAUCUCUUUCACUAUGUGCUCCCGAAAUGUCACUGCCUGCAUUGCCAACUUCAGAGACCAUGAAAAACCCUGGAUGCCGUGGUGUCGGGUUGGAAAUGAUGAUUCCCAUUUUUUCAUUAUUUCUUUUCAGUGCAAUUUUGUGCUGAUGAAAUCCAGCUGAGGGUUGAGCACUUCCCCAAUUCCGGGCAUGUGGGAAAUUAACACGGAAUGGCCAUAUUUUUACCUGUAUAUUGUUCUUGAGUAGCCCUCUUGUAUAGCAUCUCUUCUUUUUGCUCUCUCUCUCUCUCUCUCUCUCUCCAUUUUUUCUUUGUGAUUGGUUGUACCUGAUCUCUAUGAGCUUGAGUUAGCAUAUUUACCUU